AUGUCGGUCAACGACUGGUAUUCGUUGUUUCUGGCGAAUCGGCCAGUUGAAAUGAAGCGGAGUGGUUCGAUAGGAAAGAAGACGUCAUGUUAUUCAAUGUACAUUUCAAAGUUAAAAUCCGCCCAGGUGACCGAGAACUUACGAUACCAGAUUAGCGCCUUCUUAUUCGACACGAAGACGUCGCAAAUGUUUGGAAGACAGUGCAGGACUGAAUGGAAACGGGCGGAACGAGACUCAACUUGUAUUUUUAAUGAGACACUUUACUUCUAUUCAGAAAUCAAUGAUAGGGAUCUUCUUCUGAUAAUUGAGUUCGUUGAAGAAGGAAACGAACACAUUAGUCCAGCUGUGAGUGUUGGAUGGUUUUCUACAAGUGUGGAAAAGAAAAGAGCAGUGGAAAUAUCAGAGAACAGAUCAGUUGAAAUUUUCGGUGGAACUCCAAAACUAUUAAUAUUUGAUAAAGAAGCUGUUCUGAAACCAGUCGGAAAUGUAGAAUGCAGCUACAAUAUCCAUGAAAUGCCCCCAUUUUUCUUCCAAACAAUCCCCGAAUUUUGUAUUGUCUGUGACAAAGAUUUGAUACCUGGAAUCCUGAAAGACUGCUCGGAUGGUAAUUGUUUCGAUUUUUUAAAAAUCGUAUUCCAAUAUUUUUCAGAUGAAUGGUUGAGUACUCCAAAAGAAAUGCCAACAAUUCCAGCAGCAAUUGAUGCAAUAGCAAUUCAAUUCAAGAAUAAUGUGCCAGAAUUGGAAAGACAAAUAACGAAUGAUAUUGAAAGAGAAUGGGCACUAAAAGAUGGAGGAAAUCACAAACCGAAAGCAGUUAUUAUGGACAGAAAAUUAAAGAUUGGAGUUCAUAAUGGAUACUCGUAUGUCACGGAACCAUUCACAGUUGAUCUAGAAAUCAUCAAUGCAAGUUCUAAUGGAACUUUAAGAUCUCGAAAGAAACCUAUUGAUUUCGGAAAAUCAUCAAACUGGGGAGAGCAACUGGUAUUCCAAGCCACUGGAAACCCACGAUUAGCACUUCGAAAUCUCUACGCUGAUCCUCGAAUGGCUAUCAUAUUUCUUCUGGAGUACACAUUUCAUCGCGAGGAUAACCAGAGCCUAAAUCAAACGAUACUGAUUGGUUGGGCAGCUUGGACUCCGUUCUCCGAUGAUACAUACACUGGAAAAGAAGUUGAGACGCGGGUUAGCUUCGUUGGAGGUCCCCGACCAAAUCCCGAAGGUGUCCUUUGCUACAAGAAUGUUCUGAAUCAACCAGAUUCGUUGAAACCGUUGAGUGAGAAAUUGGAAAUUUUUGUGGAUUUCAAAUUCUAUGAAAAUGGAAGAAGUGUUCAUAAUACUCCAACGCCCAGAAGAUCAGAUUCUGCAAGAGUUCCAACAUCCAGAUCCACUGAAAAUGUCCACUCGAGUAGAUCAAAAGGAAGUAGAGCGCAGAUAGAAACGCCCAAGAGUUCCGUGCCUCCUGAGAGAUUCCCUGCUCUUGUUGAUACUGGAAGAUCAACUUCUUCAAUAGAUGAAUUGAAAUCAAUCAACGAAGAAUUGGAUAGAUUCAUAGAAGAACCAACGGAAAUUCCUAUUGAAGAAAUUGUGGUUGCCAAAAAGGCAGUAGAAGAAUCUCUACCAUUGACUUCAGUCUAUAAAAUUCCGUUUGAAGAUAUGAGAACUUCCAACUUCCAUCGUUCAGUUCAUUCUAUGUUUGCGAGGUUGAAUUUCGUUCAACUAAGAGAUAGAAAUGGAGAAUCCCCAAGUACUGACGAUGUCACUUCAAAAUCCCUGAUUGAUAUGAGAAGAGAAAGGCUGGAUAGAUUGGAUAAUGCACAUAUAUAUUUUCAGUUCGUGGCUUUCAAACAACUGAUAUCUCUUGAUGCUGUGCCAUCCAAAAAAGUAUUCUUCACUAUCAACUUUUACCGGUUUCCUGAAAUAACAACUGAAUCAAUGCUGCUGGAAACAAUGGAAAAAGGAGAACCGAAUCUUCUCAAAAAACUUGACAAAAAUGGAGCUGAAGACGAGUCAGCUCCACCUGGAUUCAUUGCAAAGUACGUAAUUGAAGGAGAAGAAAGCAAAUUGGAUUUUUUGGAUUUCCUGGCAUCUGGACAUUCUUGUAUUGAUGUCUGGGAUUCAGAUUCUUUGAUUCACCUGGGAUCGACUAUCGUACCACUUCGGAAUUUGUAUCGAAGAGGAAGGGAAGCAGUUCAGUUGUUUAUACAAUGUCCAGUAGUGGAUACCUCAUUAGAUGCGGGAUCCAAAGCAGGAUCUGUGCUCUAUUUGAGAGUGGCUAAUAUAGGAUUACCAUCAGGAAACGAUCCCUCCUCCACAUCUGUGUCUACCAUCAGAAGCAACAUCAACUCGCAACGUGGUACAGUUGUCCGUCGACUGACGUCAGCGUCGAACCGGUUGAAUGAAGAAGGACCACAUUCGUACCGAGUGCACGCAAAACCGCUACCAGGAAACAGCGGAAUUGGGCUGGAUCGCUUUUUGGCAGCUCAGAGAUUGGAUAUUCAACAGAGACAUGAACAGUUGUUCGCUGAGAAUAGUUUGGAGAAAAUCCGACAAUGGAAUGAAUUGAAAGAAGGAUUCGAAUUGUCGGAUAACAAAGGAGCAGCGCAGAAAUUCAUAUUUGAAGAAGAGCUGGCAGCUUACAAGAAGCUUCGGUAUGAAAGUAAACCAGCGAAACUUCUAGAAGCUGUUUUCAAAGGAAUCACAACAUGUCACCAAAUCAAUCCAUCAUUCGGAGAAAAAGUAUUUUUCGAGUUCCCACUAGAAAAUCCACAUUUCGAACCAAUCAACUGCACCAUUGAGUUUGAUGAUACUGCCCUCCGACCAGUUUUUGACGAAGAAGAAUGGAAGUUUUUCAGAACAAUCAACAAAAUAAAUACGCCUUUCGAGAAGGAUAUGAUGAGAGAAACUAAAGAACGAAUCGAAAUCUAUCUGCAACCAGGAGACGUGCUCUUCGUUCCGUUCAUCUACGACGCCUUCUAUUUCCCUAGUGACCAUUUUAGUAUGUACUCGACAAAAGUCGUUUUCCGAAGGUGGGAUACAAAUGAGCCUCUUUCUAUUUUGGAUCUUCAUAUUCAUCGAAGAAGUUACCUACUCCAACACGCUGUUACAUUCAUUUGUGAGACUUCGGGAAACUGGGAAAAACAAUUAUUGCUUCCGCCCAUGGCUAGAGAUAGAAGAGUGAAUUCGGUUAGGUGUUCGGAUCCAUCUGUGAAAGUGUCUAUUCGGAAUGCAACACUCCAACAGAUCAUCGGAUUCACAACGUAUUCUGGAGAUACCAACGAUCGAAGAACAUUUUUGUUGAUGAUGUAUACGGAUCAUUAUCAGACUAGGCUGGUUUCUGUUUAUUUGAUUGAAAAACUUCUGGCUACAUGGAAAGUAACUAUUCUCCCAUUUUUCAAUGUUGAUGUUCGAAGUAUUGUUGGUCAAACCACCCGACUACAUCUUUUGGUACAUAGAAGAAGGUAA